AAAAAUUAAUUGUUUUCGAGCUUCGUUCGAUCUCCAUAACGAAAAGUUGAAGGUUGCGACACAGACACCAACUUCAACCCCACAACAGCAACACAAGCCGUCGCCAGUUCAAUAAUUACGACGGGACAAUAGAAAAAAUGUCGUUUCGCGGGGGUUCACGUGGCCGCGGUGGCGGUGGUGGUUUCGGUGGCCGUGGAGGAGGUCGCGGCGGCUUCCAACAACGCGAUAUGGGCCCUCCCGCCCAGGUUCUCGAGAUGGGCAAGUUCAUUCAUUCUUGCGAAGGUGAAAUGGUCGUCGAGUCUACCAAUGCCAAGAUUCCUCACUUCAACGCGCCUAUCUACCUAGAGAACAAGACUCCGGUUGGCAAGGUCGACGAAGUUCUCGGUCCCAUCAACCAGGUUUACUUCACCAUCAAGCCCACCGAGGGCAUCCAGGCCACUUCCUUCAAGGUUGGCGACAAGUUCUACAUUGCCGGCGAGAAGCUCCUGCCCCUCGAGAAGUUCCUUCCCAAGCCUAAGCCUCCCCCGGGAGCCAGCAAAGUCAAGAAGCCCAGCCGUGGCGGCGCGUCCCGCGGUGGUCGUGGAGGUCCCGGUGGACGUGGUGGUAGGGGAGGAUUCGGUGGCCGCGGUGGUGGUGGCUUUGGCGGCGGUCGCGGCGGCGGCGGUUUCGGCGGUGGUCGUGGCGGUGGCCGCGGCGGCAGCGGUUUCGGCGGCCGUGGAGGCGGUGGCCGCGGAGGUGGUGGUUUCUCUCGUGGCGGCAGAGGAGGCUUCAGCCGGUAAAGGAGAAAUAUUCUCAAAAAAGGGAAACUAGAGACGACAAAAGGGGAGGUCGCCACGGGUUGUUCGGAUGUCUCGAGAAUUCGUACAGUACACGGCAUUGGAGGAGUAGCAAAGGGGCGGGCAGUCUAUAUCAUCGAGCGGAGCGACCGCGUCAAUGGCGUUGUCUGCGGAACUCGGGCUGGCUUAAUGGCGUUUGGGAAGGGUCUUGGGUCUUUGCUUUCAUUUAUGGCAAAAUAUUUUUGCAUCUGCUCGGAUUGAUUGUACAUUCAUCAUAAAAGUUGAAGCGUAGCCUGAAAUAGCGGACGCCGUUUUGGUCAUUGACGGACUCUUCCCUGUUGUUUUUGGUUUCAUACCUAUACGCCGACUAACUACACACAGCCAUUUCCUCGCCUUUCUCUCACGCACCAAAGCCCUUUUACCUCGUCUGGAGCGGAUAUGAUGCCACAGGUGGCUUCUGGUGGUAACUCUGGAGCAAGAAUCCCAAGGCCAGAAGCACGCCCAAGAAGCCGAGGCCUGUUCCGAAAUACUGAGCAGCUCUGUAGCCCUUCAGGAGCUCAUCGCCUGUCUCAUUGACAUGCUAGUGGCGGCUUUAGCUAUUUGUCUUGGUGUAGCACAAGUAGGGUCAUACAUACCACCUCUAUAGUACCCGCAAUUCCAAGAGCAAGGGAAAUCCUACAUCCAGAGUCAACACUAGUUUCCAACCCCUUUUUUUCAGGCUAACAUACGAAUAGUUGACCGUCGUUACUACCAAGCUUGCGGCGAUGCCUUGGUGUUCUUUGGAAACGCUAUUGCUGAGUAAAAUGGUGGCCUAGGUAGAAAUAUCCCGAAAAAAGUACUAAACCAGUAGCUCUGAUGGACAGGUGCGGUGGCGAGAAGGAGACUUCCGAUGAAGAAUGCACACAUGGAUAUCAACAUGAUCCAGUGAGGCUUGACUCGCGACAUCAAGAAUCCGACCAGAAUACUGGCAGCAAGGCCACAUAUCGGACUUUACACCGCAACGUCUCGUUAGUUCUUUUCAUUUUCCCUUGUUGACUAGGCAACUUGGGGGGAUACGUACGCUGGAAUGAAGCUCACAGAAGCGAGCAACGGCGACCAUCCUUUCAGAUUUUGAACAACAUUGAAGGUGUAAUAAAUCCAAAUACUAAAACACCCCCAGCCAGCCCCCGUACAGCCCAACACAAAGUUCGUCGCCGGCUUCAUGGCCGCGAUAGGAAUAAGGGGUCGGCAGGAUAAACAAGCUCACCACCGCGAGCACAAAGCACAUGAUGGCCAACAGCCAAAACGCCCACGGCCAGUUCCCUCGCACUGCAAACAAACUCGAGAAGAUAGCCCCCAUGACAAACCCCAGCGGCGCCGACGCCCCAAACAGGCAGAGCACCAUAUUCUUCCUCAUCCCCGGCUGAUACGUCCUGCCCAACAACGCCUGCCCGCUCGGCACCAACAGCGCCGGUCCGAUCCCCUGCAGCCCCCUCGCCACACAAAAGAAGACCGUCCCCUCGCCCGCGCUGCGCUCGGCGUGUCCAGAAAACCCAGCAAUCAAGCUCCACAGGCCGAACCAAAGCCAGCCAGUGACAAACACCUUUUUGUGGCCAAAGAGAUCGCCCACACGGCCAGACGGAAGGACGAAUGUUGCUGAUGUGAGGCCGUACGCGGCUGAGUACCACGCCAUGGUGCCGGGAGUGGAGUCACCAAAGGACUGGGAGAUGAUCGAGGCGGGGACCAUGGCCUGGGCGAGACCGGCAAGCAUGAGGAUCUGGGCUAGGCAGAUGAGGAGGACGAAGAGGAUCUCGUGAAAAGGGGAGACGAGGACGUCUGGCCGGGUGGAAGGGGACUGGGUAGCCGCUGAGGGAGGUGAGCGAGGACGGGUUGGAGUGGAUGAGGCAGAGGAUUGAUAGGGGGAGGAGGACGAUACCAUGGUUCGGGAGGCGGCCCUGGAUUUGCGCCGAGGGGAAAAGUGAGAGGCUUUCGGCUUGGCGAUGGCAGUGGAGGAGGAGAAGGAAGAUGAAAGGUAGGUGGUGUCGGUUUCUGCAUCUUCCAGGGGUACCAUGGUCGACUGAGAAUCCGCGGGGUUCACCGCAUCGUACUGUUGCACGGAGAACUGCUUGCUAUCCCUGUUUUCCUCAUCAGCCCGAAGAUCGGGAUGAAGGGGUAGGGAGGGCAAGGGGUGGUGACGCUCAGGUUCUUUUUGAGAUGACUGACGAG